AAUCAGUCUCUUAGGGUUUUUGCUUCUAGAAGAAACCAUCGAAGUUCUGCGGGCCAAGAACCGUCGUGCUCCGCUGCCAUAUUCGUCGUCGAUAACACGCAAGAAUGACUGAACUCAUUAAAGGGAACCCUAAGCAACCUCGUGAUUCGAGAGUCUUGUUGCCCAAGUCUGAAAUUACCAUCCCUCCCAAGGCUGAGUCUGAUGAUGCCAAAACGAAACGUGAUGAUGCAGAGAUUCAUGGGAACAACCUUAAUACAAAAAUUCUCAUCCUCGCGAUGAGGGAAAAGAUUUAUGAAGGAAACAAGUCAGUAAAGAAGGUGCUGCACCCAAGGCUGCUGAUGGAUUCAUCCCUUCCUGAGGCUAACAUGGUUGGGAAGAGUGUACCACAACUAGAGGAAACUAUGGAUAAUGCACUUUCAUACAUCUAUUCUGUGAAGGAAGCGUUUCAUGAUGAACCUGCAAGAUAUGCUGAGUUUCUCAAGAUCUUGGAUGCUUCUAGAGCUCGAAGAGAUGAUGAUGAUAGUGUCAUUGCAAGGAUGAAGGAACUCAUGAAAGAUCAUCCGGAACUGCUUCUUGGUUUAAGUGCCUACCUGCCUGCGGCUAAACCAACAACUCCUCAUAAGGAUAACAGAACCACCCCUCCUGAGGCUAGUAGAACCACCCCUCUGAAGAUUAAGAUAGCAAUUCCACGAAUGGCUAGCAGAACCAUCACUUCUGAGUCUGAGAAACCUACAAACUCUGAUGAACUGAAUUUUAUGGACAAGCUUAAGACAAGGUUUCAGAGAAUUGAUACUCAUGUAGUUGAGUCGUUUCCAUUUAUAAUGAAAAUGUAUGAGGAAGGAAAGAAAUCAGUAAAGGAGGUGCACGAAGAGGUCUAUGAUCUUCUCUAUUACCAUGAAGAUGUGAUUGAGGACUUCUCCAGAAUCUUUCCUAAACACGGAUACUUUCAAAAUCAAAAGCUUCAGUAG